AGUCGCUAAGAAAAUUUCAUCCCAAGGACAGCAGUGCUUCGGAGCAGUGAGGGAGCAGGAGUGUCAGUAGGAGCCAGGCCGGGCAGGAGGGUGGGUCUGGGGUGUCGAAAAUCUAAGCCCCGGCUGCUCCGUCCCGUCAGCUCGCGACACUCCCGCUCGGUGUGUCCGCCUGAAACUGCUCGCUCGUCGACGAAGCAGAAUCAUACACACACGCCGUUGCCUGAGUGUGGUGUUGGUCGUGCGGCUUCGAGCGCAACACACAUCGCCCGUGUGUCAUCCAUUGCGCUGGUGCGCUGGUGCGAGAAUGGUGAACGGAAACGAUCAGCCAGCGGCGGUGGCGGCGACGACGACAGUGCCCGACAGCCAGCCGGAGGCACAGACCGAACCGAAGCCGAUCGUACCACCGGCGGGAUUAGCAGCAGCAGCAGCAGCAGCAACAACAGCACCGAACAGAGCCCAAGUGAGCAGGUGUUGAGGUGGUGCUUUAGUGACAAGCUGGUCGCAGUGUCGGUGCCGUGACCAGGAUGCCGCGAGCAGCCCUGAGAGCGCUUGCGAUCCUUUGCGUGGUGUGCAGUGCUUUGCCGUGCGGGGGUGGGUGCAAGGAAGGAGGGGAAAUUGCACGAUGCUCUAACCUACUACUACCCUUUGCCCUCCCGGUAGCCACUAUCAAUCAAACCGCUGCUCGUGGGGCUUUCCAACUCUCAAACAGCAUUCAAAUGGCACCGCGAAGUCAACUCCGAGUCCCUGCUCUGCUUUUGGGGCCCGUUUUUUCUUGGCCCGUUACAAGGUGAUAGUGGCUAAUUAGCACGUUCGCGGACAACACGCAAACAUAUGGCGCAGUGGAAACGGGCGCCAGCAUCCCUACAGUGCCGCUAUCGGCGUUUGCCGAUAAUUCUCGCACUAUCCGAGUUUUGAAGCGUUUCUGCGGGCGUGUACUUGCCCAACCACAUUCUGUGCUGCAACAAAACUUUACCCUUCACACGUAGCCCCCGUGUAGUGAGUCAGACAGCAACCCGGGAUGCUGUACCUGCUGGUGAUGCAUGGUGAUGACGCGUGUAUGACAGCGUUGGGGUUUUAUCACCCCGUCCUAGAAUUUACCGGGAUUGUGCCCUCCUCCUCCCCCCCUUAGCUCUGUUACACGAUCGUGUAUGUGUGUGUGUGUGUGGAUACUGGUCCGAUGGUGUUCGGGUUUUAAUAGCUCAACCGCUUCUCGGUGUUGUGGCAGAGCGCCCGGGCAGGGCACAUAAAAGCGAAAGACUGGCGCAACUGGCGGCCCAAUGUCAAGAUUUGCCGCCGUACCGCGUGGUCUGUGUGUGUGUGUGUGUGGUGUUUGGUGUUUGUGGUGUGUACGCGAAACGGAAUCAAAUCCCCUUCACCAAGCCCUCCCACUCCUCCCACCCCUUGGCAAGCCCAGCGCGAAGUGAGCGCGCGCGCGCCUGGCAGAGACGACGAACCGACCUAACAUGAUCCUAACCCGGCUCUCCCUAGUGCGCUGGGGCUGCCGUUGGGUCGCGUUGGGCGCUUGUGCGCUACAUGAAGCGAGGCUGGCGUGUUAGUUAAUUGAGAGCGUAAAACCACCCUUCACCACCACCACCACCGCUGCUGCUUCUCCGCAAAAGGUGUCCAGAGGCAGACGGCUGUCACAUCCGGCCAGCACCAGAAGGCGACGACGAGGACGACGAUCAGGCUGCAGGUGCAGAUAGGCAGCAAGGAGACGCAGGUUCCCGCUGGUUCUCCCGGUUCGGUUUGCGAUGUGCAAAAUCUGUCGUCGAGUGCACGGACACUGUGCUGGGACAUGGAAGUACUUCCAGGACCAGCGGCGCAUCGUCGACUACGUGCUCGCGUUCAACGGCGAGGACGAGAAUGCGGAGGCGAAGCAGCGGCGCGCCAUCUACCAGCGGAAUCUCGAGAGCGAGGGCCUCCAGAUCGAGACGGAAAACUGCCAGCGCAUCCAUUUCGUCAAGAUCCACGUGCCGGAGAACGUGCUGUCGCACUACUGCGAGAUCAUGAAGAUGCAGAUGCCGAUGAAGAAGCUGGAAAACCAGGACAAGAUCAUAAUGCGCGACUUCAGCAUCCAGAGCACGCUGGUGCGGCUGUUCCGGCGGCCCCUCUUUAACUUUGUCAUCAUCGACAGGCAAAAGUUCGCGCCGCCCGAGUACCGGCUGAUGUACGAGUACUCGCGCGACAAGCCGUACCUGUUCGACGACCGGGAGCAGAACUUUUUCACGCCCAGCAUACGGAUCGCGGUCGCCCACUUCAUACUAGAGCGGACGUACUUUAGCGAGGCAGUCGAGGAGAAGAAGGACAUCGGCAUCCGGCGGCUGAUGGAGGACCAGGUAUACCUCGACGCGUACCCGUUGCACGACGGCUGCACCGAUCUGCGGUCGAGCUGCCAGCGCGCCCUGCUGCUGGAGGAGUGGGCCUCGAUCAGCAAGUGGAUCAAGCACCAGCCGCUCGACCACAUCAAGGAGUACUUUGGCGUGAAGAUUGCGAUGUACUUUGCGUGGCUCGGGUUCUACACGCACAUGCUGAUACCGGCCUCGGUGGUGGGGCUGAUAUGCUUCUUUUACGGGCUGCUGACGUACCCGGCGAAUCGCAUCAGUCAGGAGAUUUGCGACGACAACGGGACGAUCAUGUGCCCGCAGUGUGACAAGUACUGCGACUACUGGUACCUGCGGACGACCUGCAACAUCUCGAAGCUGGCGCACAUCUUCGACAACGAGAUGACGAUCGUGUUCUCGAUCUUUAUGUCCGUGUGGGCGACCCUAUAUCUGGAGAUGUGGAAACGCUACUCGUCCCGCAUUCAGCAUCGCUGGGGCAUCACCGAGUACUGCUCGCUGGCGGAACCGCCACGCCCACAGUACCUGUCCCGGCUGAAGAACAUCAAGAAGAUGAUGUUCAACAUUGCCACAGGUGCGCAGGAACCGUCGCCACCGUUCUGGACGAAAAAGUUCCCCAGCUUCCUCUACAGUUACUCUGUGAUCUUCCUAUUUAUUUUACUUACGAUAGCGGCCGUCUUCGGUAUCGUCGUGUACCGGAUGUCGCUGAUGACCUCGAAAAACAUCUACGGCGACGGUGGGUCGGUGUCGGGCAAGCUGAUCAUCUUUCCGGCGACGACCGCCGCCAUCAAUCUGCUCGCCUCGACCGCGCUCACGUACGCCUACCAGUACGUGGCGGAGUACAUGACGAACGUGGAGUACCGGCGCACCCAGACCGAGUACAACGAGAGCCUCAACCUGAAGAUCUACCUGUUUGAGUUCGUCAACUACUACAGCUCGAUCUUCUACAUCGCGUUCAUGAAGGGCAAGUUCCCGGGCUAUCCGGCCAAGUACAACCGGAUACUGCACCUGCGGCAGGAGGAGUGCAGCCCGGGCGGCUGCCUGAUGGAGCUGUGCAUACAGCUCGCGAUCAUCAUGGUGGGCAAGCAGGCGAUCGGUGCCAUCACGGAGAUACUGAUACCGUUUCUGGUGCAGAAGUUCAAGGAGUUCCGGAGCGUGCUGGGCAUCGAUGCGGGCAGUGCGGAGAACGGCGAGCGGCUGAUCUGCUGCAACCAGUGGACCAAAGACUUUAACCUCAUCAACUGGCACGAUCGCAGCCUGUUCAACGAGUAUCUCAAGAUGGUCAUACAGUACGGCUUCAUCACGAUUUUCGUAGUGGCAUUUCCGCUGGCGCCCUUCUUUGCGCUGCUGAACAACGUGUUCGAAACGCGGCUGGACGCGAAAAAGUUCCUGCUCUACUACAAGCGGGCCGUGCCGCAGCGCGUCCGGGAUCUUGGCAUCUGGUACAACAUCAUGCACGUGGUCGGCAAGGUGGCCGUCAUAUCGAGUGCCUUUAUCAUCGCAUUUUCCUCCAACUUUAUACCCCGCCUAAUGUACAUGAACGUCGUCAACCCGACCGGCACGGACGAGGGCUUCGUGAACCACACGCUCGCCUACUUCAACGUGUCGCACUUCGAGGCGAAUGCGGCGCCAGAGAACAGCACCUUCUCGAACAUUACCAUCUGCCGGUACUCGGAGUACCGGAACCCGCCGGACGAUCCGCGCCCGUACAAGCGGCCCUCGAUCUACUGGCAGAUACUGGCGAUCCGGCUCACGUUCGUCGUGAUCUACCAGAACCUCGUCAGCUUCGUGCAGAUAGUGGUGGCGUGGGCGAUACCGGACGUGCCGACCAAGCUGCAGGAUCAGAUCAAGCGCGAGCAGUACCUCACGAACGAGUACAUCAUCGAGCAGGAAAAGCUGAAGAUGGCCCUGUCCGGGACGGGUGGGUGCGGUGGUGUUGGCGGCAGUGUCGCCGGCACCCGGUACGCGCAGAACGGGUGUGUCGCGUCGGAGGACAGCAGCCCGGACGACGAGAAGGCUAACUAUGGCUCGAUUGCGGACGACAACGAGUACCCGCUGCGGAUGCAGACGGAUGACUGCGAACCGUACGCCGCGUACGGCAUAGUGACGUCGCGGGUGUAGGGCAGAAGGAGCUAGGAGCACACGGUGGGCACAGCGUUCAUGAGCAAAGCCAAUUCGCGAUCAAAUUACGCACACGCGCCGGUGUGGCGCAGUUACCUAACGACACGGAGCUUGCUGGUUUAUUAUUGUUUUAUGUUUCUGUUUUUAUCCGUAACGCCUGACCUCCCUAACGACGCCUAACCUCAUCUCGAGCACGUAUUUAUCUGCGUGCAGUGCCUCUUUACCGCUUGUAAGAGUGGUAUGCCUGCCGCAGGCCGCCGGCAACUCUCUCGAUAGAAGUGAAACAAUUUUUUGAAGAACAAAUUAAAAUAUCUGUAAAUAAUUGAUAAAAAAA